AUGCCGGCAAAAGGUUCUGACGAUACCGCCAUGCCUGAAGCUAAAGGCUUGAAAUACGAUGAGUCGGAGAUGAAUCUGUUUCUUGCGAAAUUGUCAUAUCACGCGACUAUGGACCAGCGCAUGAAGUCUCAGGAUAGUAAUCUGGCCGCAAUCACCGAUGCUCAGGGCAAGCUGCUCAAGCGAUGGGAAUUGUUGCUGCAGACAGAGAAAGAGCUGGGCGAACAAGGAAAAAGCCUUAUGCCUUCUGAUCAAAGUCUGUUGAAGCAGUUGGCAUGGCGAUAUAAAGAGCUGGAAAAAAGGCAGCGACCAACGAUUCAUGAACGCAAAUGA